AUGGGAGCUGGUCCUGUUGGAAUUGAUUGUAAUAAAUCGUCCUCAGCCAGGCGCAGAUUUGAAUUUAUCUCUCAGGUCCAUCGUGAGUUCCCCGACCCCGAUUCCCAGGUUUUACUGCCCCCGCACGUGGUGGUCCCCUCCUCCUUCCACCAGCAAGAGACUCAGGUGGUCACAGGAAAACCCGCACGCGGGGAGGUGACGGGACACCUGGAGCCCAACCCGAGACCCACGGCAGAAAAUCGGGAGGGGACCCCAGAACCAACAGGCGGGGAGGGGACAGAACGCCGGAACCCCACCCCGCCGACGAGGGCUGAAAAUCGGGUCCAGACCCCCGGGGUCUGGGAGACCCGGGCCCGCGGCCCCUCCCAGGGGUUCCUGCCGGUGGGAACGAGCCCCCUCCGGGUCUCACUUGGGCCGGACUCACCCUCUGGCGGCUCCGCUCCGGGCUCUCGACGCGCCCUCCACUCGGCACUGCGGCCCCAGGCGGGUGCCAGCCCCGCGCAGAGGAGCCCGAGCCCGCGGGGAACGCGGAUUCACGUCCACGAGGUGGGAUCGCGCCCGCCCCCGGGCCUGAUUGGACGGUUCCCGGGAUAUAAUUGCGGCCCCCGCGCCGUGAUAGGACAGUUUGCGGCCCUUCACGUUCCCAAGCAAGUUCUUAGAAAUCAGCUACCCAGGAAAAAUGACUUUUACUCAUAUCAGCCACCUUCUGAGGACCCUCCUCCAGAGACAGGAGAGUCUGUGUGCCUUCAGCUCAAGUCUGGGGUUCAUCUCUGCAGGGUUGGUGGCAGUUUAAGCCCCCAAACAUGCUCCAGAUGUCACGAGGCACGUUACCGAAGUAAGGAGCAUCAUACUCCAGACUGGAGAUGGGGACAUAAGCAGGCUUGUAGACAAUCAGAAUUUGAAAUUGUAAUAAGAACUGAAGAUAAGGUUACACUUGAAGAUGUUGAAAAGGGAAGGGAAGCAGAAAUUACAGGAAGCAUGGGUGAAGCACCUGAUGAAGAAUUGGAUUCCAUGGCAAAACAUGAACCCAAGGAAGAUAAAUUCCAGAAGUUUAAAACUAAAAUAGCCCUAGAGCCAGAACAGAUUCUUAGAUAUGCCAGAGGGAUUGUACCCACCUGGAUCUCUGGUGAGAAUGUCCCUCAAGAAAAGGAUAUUCCAGUUUGCCCCUGUGGGGCCAAGAGAAUAUUUGAAUUCCAGGUCAUGCCUCAGCGGCUCAAGCACCUAAAGGCCAACAGACUUGGCAGGAGUGUUGAUUGGGGUGUUCUGGCUGUCUCCACCUGUGUUGAAAGCUGUAGACAGGGGAUUGGCUACACAGAGGAACUGGUUUGGAAGCAAGAUAUAACAGACACACCUGAAGACAAGGUCAUAAAGCCUUACAAAUUCUCAUAA